AUGGCGACCAAUGGAGGCUCGUCAGCAUCCUCUGCUGUCAUAGCCUCGUCCUCCAAGGCUCUCACUUCUUCAGGCCCUUCCGCCAACAGCUCCGUGCGCACCCGCUACUCAAAGGUCAAAAAGGUCGGCGAAGGAACCUAUGCCUCCGUUUUCCUUGCCAAGAACCUCGAGACUGGCGAGAGUGUCGCGAUCAAGAAGAUCAAGAUUAAUGCUGGUGCCGGAGGAGGCAAGGAUGGGCUGGACCCGACGGCAUUGCGGGAGGUGGGCUUCUUGCGGGAGAUGAAGCACCAGAAUGUCAUCGCUCUGCUCGACGUCUUCUCUUCUGGGUUGGCAACGCAGUCCCUCAAUCUUGUGCUAGAAUUUCUGGACACCAAUAUGGAAGCAUUGAUCAAAGACCGCUCGCUCAUAUUUACACCAGCGGACGUGAAGAGCUGGAUGGCAAUGAUGAUCUCCGGCCUCGAGUACUGUCAUGCUGUGGGCUGUCUCCAUCGAGACUUGAAACCAAACAAUCUGCUCAUCUCCCCCAGUGGCCACCUCAAGCUAGCCGACUUUGGUCUCGCCCGCGAGCUCGCCCUACCGGGCACCCGCAUGACAAACCAAGUAAUCACUCGCUGGUAUCGACCUCCAGAGCUACUCCUCGGUGCACGCCACUACAGUAGUGCGGUGGACAUGUGGUCCAUCGGUUGCAUCUUUGCAGAAGUGAUGCUCCGAACUCCUUACCUCCCUGGAGAGAGUGAUGCAGAUCAGAUUGACAUUAUAUGCAAGGCCCGAGGUACGCCUAGCACAGCAGACUGGCCCGGCUUGACCAGUCUACCGCUACACCACACCCUCACCACCGUCAACCACCCGCGGCCAAACCAUGCUCAACUCUUCUCCGCGGCACCAAGAGGAGCAGUCCAGCUCCUCGAUUCCCUCCUAGCCUAUUCCCCUCAGAAGAGACUCUCCUGCACAAAAGCCCUGCAGCACAUCUACUUCUCCUCAACACCCAGACCCACCAGUCCGGAGCAAUUACCACGACAUGCAAAGAAGGAUGAGGAGAUUGCACAGGGUCUCUUGAGCGAUUCGAGGGAGAAGAAUGCAAAGCGGGAAGGGGCUCAGAAGGGUCUUGGGGGAUCCACGGCGGUCGAAAGUGGAGCGGGUGGGGCAGGCGGUGGCGCGAAGAGAAAGGCAGCAGAAAUCAAUGGUGGGGUUGUUGGUGCUGGUACUGGUGCUGGUGGAAAGGGACGAAGUGCAGUGACAAAGGAGAUGAUUGAGGAGAGGAGGAGAAUAGCGAGGAAGAUGGCCUUUGGAUGA